AGGACCUCCCACCAUUUACAACCUCUACUAAGAUCGCGCAAAAGUUGAGCUUGCACGCCGGCAGCUCUAGAAGGAACAGUCUUUAACCUUGUGGCGCACAUUAAGUUAGUAGUUACUUGUGUAAACAUAAACUUUAACGUGUAUUCAUGAGCCUCAACCUGCCGCUGAGUUCAGCGCGUAUAGUGUUGGGAUUUUUCUUUUUUGCGAAAAGCAACAAGACGGCAGUGCCAGCAGGAACACGCGCAGAAAGAACUUCCUUGCCGGCUCCUACAUCAGGAUCUCGAAAUUAGCAUCAACCGAGCACGAGCCGUGUCGAAUCAUAUCUAUCAGGUCUUUCUUACUAGUUGCGCCUUCCUUUUCUACGCCACGAUCUGAACAUCUUGAAACGGCACAUGAAAACAACAAGCACCUAAUAGUGAGGAUUUUUCUCCUCGUGUUGAUGGCAACAUGAACAUCUUGAUUUUGUCACAUCUUGCUUUUCUCUUUCGUCGUGCUUGAUAAGUACUGCAUUCCAUUUACUUCUGUCCAAAAUAAAUCAUGAAGUCAGAUAGCGAAAAUAAGCAAGCACCCCCGACCACUGAGGUCCCUCCGCAAUACCAAACGCGGCAGGCUGCUAGCGCUACGUCGGCUCAUGUGUCCGUCUCCUACAAAAAUCCGAUAAUUGAUGUGACUAAGAACACCAAUAUUAAAACCACCGAUCAACAAAAUCAUAAGAACAAAAAGAACCGUGAGAUUCUCCUUGCAAAACAAACCAUGGGCCUUUUUGUGAAAAACCCGCUUCUGGACACCAAAUUGGUGAAGCCGCAGCUGGCUCCCGUGAAACGCCUGCUACUCGGACCGGGGCCGCAGAAUGCGCACCCACGCGUGCACGCCGCCAUGGCGCUGCAGCAGGUGGGGCACUUGGACGCCGAUUUUAUGCGCAUCGUGGAAGACAUCAAGCACAUGCUCAGGUACAACGUGAAGAAAAUAGCAACAUGCAUGGAACAAAUUUAUUGGGCAAUCGAAAAAUAUUAUGAAUUUGUGGUGCUGAUGAAGAAGGUACUAGACGUAUCGAGUUCUCUGUCAGUCAUGCAAAUAAACGCCAUGGAUGCCUCAAAUUAAAAGAUUGAAAUAUAAUGAAAGGUAUAUGUGGCAAACGCAAAACCUGUUUACUGUUCCGGUCUCUGGGACUGGGUGCGCCGCGUGGGAGGCCGGCGUGGCAAACUGCACCGAGUUUGGGGACACGCACUUAAUCUGUGUGAACGGUUAUUUCGGCGAGCGGGCGGUGGACAUGCACGGACGGUAUACGGACAAAAUCGAGCGCAUUGACAAGCCCUACGGCGAGGUUUUUACCGUGGAAGAAGUAGCGGCCGGGCUGGAAAAAUACAAACCACAGCUGCUCUGGAUCUGCCAUGCCGAAACCAGCACAGGUAAUAUCGUUUUCUGCCAUGCAUGGGAGGUCGCAUGUGAUUGUGAACGCAACCCCAUAUAUAGACAUGGAUCAUGUUGAAAUGACGCAAUACAAAUUUCCUUAAUGAAUAAAUACAGGUACACUGCAACCUAACGUGGGCGAGAUCGGCGAACUGUGCCGAAAACACGACUGCCUCCUCAUGCUGGAUACGGUAACAAGUAUCUGCGGGGUGCCGAUCCACCUGGACGAUUGGAAGGUCGACAUUUGCUACGCGGGCGGGCAGAAAUGUAUUUCUACUUUAUCAUAUCAUAAUUAAUCACUCGUUCCAAAAAUUCAAGUUGAAAUUCAUAUGGUACCGGUGGAUCACGCCUCAGAUUCAGAUUCCUCACGUGAACGAGUAGGUGCUCGUUCUUUCUAUGCAGAUGAAAUACGACACAUCAACCAAGUCAGUGAUUUAGUACUUACAGUGUGUGAAAAAAAAACUUCUACCUACAACAGGUAUGGGUUGUCCCCCGGGUAUCGCCCCACUCACGCUCGGCGAGCGCGCGCUCAAAAAGCUGGACAGUCGGAAAGACAAGGUGAAAAAUUGGUACCUGGACAUGAGCAUGAUAAAAAAGUAUAUGGUUGUGGAGGGUAACGCCCCGCGCGUCUACCACCACACGGCCCCGAUCACCAUGGCCUACGCGAUGCGGGAAGCCCUUACGCUGGUCGCGGAGGAGGGUCUCGAGAAUUCCCACGCGCGCCAUUUGGCCAACGCGCAGUACUUUUGGGCGGAGUUGAAAAAGAUCGGGUGCGAGCCGUACGUGGAUGAAAAGAUCCGGUUACCGUCUUUGACAACCAUCAAAAUCCCGGACGGGUGCGGCGACGGCAUGAAGGUGAUCGCGCUGAUGCGGGACCGCUUUGACAUCGAGAUCGGGGCGGCGCUCGGGAGCUUGAAGGGAAAGUGCUGGCGGUAUUGUGAGGAAAAAUCCCCCCUCCCCAUAUCGAAAAGGCGCGCUUUUCGAAAUUUGUGAUGCUAAUUUGUGGUCACACAUCCAGUCUUGAGCUGGGCGGCUCAGAUGAAAAAAGUCUUCCAAAUUUCUUCCAAUUUUUUAAGAUUUUUUUUUCAAAAAAACUGUUCGUCAUAGAAGAUCGGCGUUCAGCUGCUCUCGGGCUGGAGGAGGGAGUAGCACGCAGCAGUCCGCUAAAGGGCACACUGCCAAUAUCAUCAUUUCAAAAAAAAUUUUGGGAUUUUUCGUCCUACUUUGCACUGGGAAAAAGGUUGCGACUCACGUCGUCAGGUGAAUUUCUAAGGUGGCUACGCAUUCCUAACUCGUUUGCUGAGUCGAAACUGCACGGCAUGCUGCGUCGAUGCUAUUCCAGUUGGUGUGGUGGACUCAUCAAACACUCACCAAAGCAAGCAUCAGCUUUUCCCCACAACAAGUGCACAUUUUUGGAAGCCAAAAAUGAUCACUUUUGAGCUCCCAAAAAAGUCUCCUGUUUUUCCUCCUCGGUUUCGUCUUCCGACCUUGCAUACCCAAAAAAAAAGUCUAGAAAAAAGUCUCCUCUCCCACUUAUAUUCUCAAUUAUUGCAGGUCUUUUUCGGUUUCACCUUCUAGAAAAUCGAGAGACUUUUUUGAGGUAAAAAUGGGAAAAGAUGACUUUUUUGGAGUUCACUUUUGGCCAUCAAAAGUGAGCACUUUUUGUGAGGAUACGUCGCCACUUCUAAGGGAUACCGAAAAAGAUCGUUGGAAGUAGACAAGAAAGCAGCAAUUUGUAAUGCGGAGAAGCUGCAAAUAAAAGCAGCACUAGAACCAGAGAGGUCUAGUAGAAUAGCGCAGCUUAGCUUCGCGGCUGGCCAUCGAACGUUGGCACCCGACGACGAGUGGCCUGCCAAAUUUUUUUUUUGAAAAAAAAAUCUUAAAAAAUCAAGAGAAAUUCGGGACGGGGGUGCCAUCUGAGGUCGCCCAGCUCAACCAGUCUGUCUUGCAAGAGAGCAAAGCCAGGGCCUCCGGUGCAUUUCGCAGGCGAUUUGUAAUGCUGCUACGCUACUAGGGCAGACGUCUGCCAUGCUAAGUGCCUACCCCAAGCCACCCCUUUCCGGGCUUUGUAUCUGUCUGCAGCCCUCUACCGCAAGACAAAUCCGAUUUGUGUACACAAAUCCUGCAUCACAGAUUUCCAUUACGAUAUGGGGGGGGGGAUUUUUCCUUUUGAUAGGCGGAUCGGGCUCAUGGGGUACAACUCUAACAAAAUGAACGUGAAAACGGUGACCGCCGCGUUGGCGGAGUGCAUUGAAGCGGUGAAAAACCCCAGCUCGAGUUUGUAAAGGAAGAAAACAAGAUAUUCAAGAAAAAAACACCAUCACAAUCACUUAUGCGCAUUUUUGCAAUACAAAAAUUAAAAUUUUUGUCAUGCGCAAAAAUGCAUCACAGUAAAGAGUUAUUGGUGAUUUCCCUUUGGGUUUUUGCAUUACAAGAAAAAUUUGUCAUGCGAGAGAAAUUUCUGAUGCAAAACCUCCUAAGUGUGAUUGUGAUGGUGUUUUUUUCUUGGAUACAAGAACUCUGCUGCUUCAGUUUCCUCACUUUCACUUCUACUUUUGAGUUAUGGAUGUCAGUAGUAUUUGUACUACUCUGAGGGACGCAUCCAACAAAAACCAAUACCAACGUCUAAAAUUUGACAACAUAUUCUCGGGCUGAGUAAAAAUUUCGGCGACCGCAAAUUUUUAUACGAGUUCAACUUUUCCAACGGGAGCAGGAGCGGGCUUGACUUGCAAACAUCACCACAAACCUUUUCUUUCAGAAGUGUAGGCCAAGUCUUGAUUGGUACGGCGCACUCGAAGGAUUAUUUGGUGUGUAGCUGUCUUGUCUGUAUUGUUGGCACACACUUUUAUAUAAGCUACUUUUAUUUACUUUUCGAAGGACCUCCUUUAAUGCGGAGGUCUACUACUCUACUUUCCUCCCCGACCUGUCAUCUCUGGACGACUCUUCAUUUUUACGUAUCACCCUUUUCUGUACGACCAACGGAGGAUGUUGAAUCCGUGGAGAGGUCGUCCCCUCCUGGCUACUAUGAGUCAUUGUAGUCACAUUUUCCGCCCAUAAUUACGCUCGAUUUACACGACCACUUCUGACAACGACAGCUACUACUUUGAAAAGCGACGAGGCGUGUGAAUAGAGAGCAGUAGAAAAAUUUUGCUCGACCAUGAUAUGCUGGACGAAGAAUCCAGGCGUGAUAUGAAAAGUUCCAGUUGUGAUGAGUACGAAAGUUUUGCUCUAUAGACAGCUGCAUCUGUAUCUUUUGAUAGCAGCGAGUCGCAGUGGUCCGCGUAGCGGUGUAAGUGCGUACUAGUUUUCAGCGACACGACAAAUUUAUCACAAAGGAUUUUUUCAAGCUCGGCGCGGCGCUGCUCUUCGAGGAGCCUCGACAGAUGCUACUUAUUUUUUGAAGAAUCGAACGCAGAAAAAUCCUACGCAAGAGGACUAGGUAUUUUCAGGAGAUGAAAAAGCAAAUCCGGUUUAGAAGUAUUGUGUAGUUGCUUCUUGCAGCUAUAAAAAUGUAGUGCUGCACCUGCAGUCAGGGGACGUCGAUUUGUUGUGGUAGUACUGUGUUCCGGUUCUUGUCGCGGCGGCAUGUUCAGAAACAAGAAGUACAAGUGGAUGAAAGAGAUGAAACAGAAAGUGCAAACAUUAUACGAUGUUGCCUAGUACGUGGCUCACCACAAUUCCUACAGGAAUGCAAAACUGUCACAGCGUCAUAUGAUU